UUGGCAGAGGGAAGAGGGACCCCACUGGUGAGGGCCACGCCAUCCUGACAGGUGGGGAAACUGAGCCCUUGGCUCUGUGCUGCGGCGUCUUCAGGCCCUGGCAGUAGCGGAGGACGCUGUGAAAAUGGGUGCGUCAGCAGGGGCGGGGGCCGGCUCUGCUCCCCCGCCGCUGUGAGCGCCUGUCACCUGGCAGGUGUCCAUCCGGUCUGCGAGGCUGGUUUGGGCUUUCUCCUUUCUGCUCAGUGGAGAUGGUCGUCCUGUGACAGCUCGUGUGUGACUGGGCUCGAGGGCCUGAAAUACAGCGAGGGGUGGUACUGGGCCUCCACGUCGCAGCCGGCACAGCCUGUGUAUUUCUGGUCGGGACAGAAACACCCACCUCCGUGGCGCAGGAUGGGACCUGCAGGCUUGUGCUGCCCUCGUGUGGGUGGGGCCUCCUGUCCAGGCUGGCAGUGCUCCUGGGCAGGCCUCAGUGCCGUCCCUUCUCACUUCCAUGUGCUCUGUUUGUAGGGCAGGAUGGAGACGCUGAGAGACAAGACCGUGCAGGAGCUGGAGGACAUGCAGAGUGACCCCGAGGCCAUCGGCCGGCUGGCCCUGGAGUCCCCAGAGGUCCAGGACCUGCAGCUGGAGCGGGAGAUGGCCCUGGCCACCAACCGGAGCCUGGCUGAGCAGAACCUGGAGUUCCAGGGCCCCCUGGAGAUCAGCCGCUCUAACCUCUCCGACAAGUACCAGGAGCUGCGCAGGCUGGUGGAGCGUUGCCAGGAGCAGAAGGCCCGGCUGGAGAAGUUCUCCUCCAUGCUGCAGCCAACGACCUUGCUGGACCUUCUGCAGAUCGAAGGCCUAAAGAUCGAGGAGGAGUCUGAGGCCAUGGCAGAGAAGUUCCUGGAGGGCACAGUGCCGCUGGAGCAGUUCCUGGAGGACUUCUGCGCCAAGCGGACACUGUCCCACCUGCGCCGUGUGCGGGUGGAAAAGCUGCAGGACGUGGUGAGGAGGCCCCGCGCCCCCCAGGAGCCAGCGGGGGACAUCCCUCCACCCCGGCCACCGGCCCAGCCCGGGUGGCUGCAGCAGGUGUCCCAGGUGCUCCAGGGACCCCUGUGCUGCCCCAGGGUUGCCUCUGUGGCCGGGACUGUGGGUCCCCAGUGCCCGGUACAGAGUGAGGCCUCCAACUGGGACCGUGCCUCAGGAGGGCCCUGGAUAGGAGAUGGCGCACUGGUGCUCUCACAACCAGAGCCCUGUUCCCCCGUUCCCACAGUGGGUCUGCUGCAUGGGCCGUGGUACUUCCUCAGGCCGCUCACAGGCACCUCUGCUUUUUCUUACAAUGCUGCAUAG